GGAGAGUCGAGUCGCGCACGUGUUCGACCCGUUUUGGCGGGCGAGAGAUGAACGAUCGAACGAGAAUACAUGGAACUAUGGAGGCGACCGAAGAAGCUUUACUCUAGGACAGAUUAUUGAGGUCUCCGCCGUCCCGAGAAAGUCGUCAUUGCGAGCUCCACACGCAGGAUGUUCGAUCAACUGAAGCGAAUGAACUUGACGAACCGUAAAGUGAUCGAGAAUGACUCCUUCGUCAGAUCGAUCGACUUCAAUGGGCAUGACAGUCUAAGCGCAAUAGUCGCCUUGAAACUACAAGUUCUCGAUGCUCUAUCGCUUGUUUCGAAGAGAGAGUUCACUGUGAAGAAGCUGAGCGUGGACAACGCUCCCUCCGGCAUUCGGUACGUCAAUCCGAAUUGCUUGAUAUCAAGCGCGGCCGACGGAUACAUUCGGGUGUGGGAUGAACGAACUGAAGAACCCGCCCUGACUCUGGCUAGCACCACACGACCAGAAGCCAACGAGGAAUUGAAACCUUUGCUCUGCUGCGAUGCUAGCUUGGACGAAUGUACGGUGGCUGCUGGGAGCGAGGCUGUCAAGGAGGAUGCUUUCGUUCUGUUCUGGGACAUCAGGAUGUCGAAACAGCUCAUGGGCGGAUACUGGGACAGCCACAGCAAGGAUAUCACUCAAGUGAGGUUUCAUCCAGAAAAGAAGUUCGUCCUCGCGACGGGGGCAGUCGAUGGUCUCGUGAACGUCUUCGACCUCGAAGAAUCAUCCGAAGACGAUGCCAUCCAAUACACCUUGAAUGUUGAAUGCGCCGUCGACAACCUUUCAUGGCUUCCACAGUCAUCUCAGGGAGUCGAUCGUCUAGGGGUGACGACCACAGAAGAAGAGUUUCAGCUGUGGGAAGCCGAGGAAGCCGAACCUUCCUUGAGGCACAACAGGGAAAGUCUUCAGAAAGGAAACAUUGACGUUUCUGUCGACCACAUCGUAUGUUCUUGCAACAUCGAUUCCGAUAUCGGUUUCAUCUCAUCAAAUAAUGACGGCUGUGUCGACAUUUGGAGCGCUACCGGGGUACACGUUUCAUCCCUGGGGAAUGGGUCUCAGAAAAAAUCUUCCAGACACAGGGAUCUCGUGAAAACCGCCGUUAUUCACGCAACGGAUGGAUCCUGUACCGUAUGGACGUCCGGCGAUGACGGCAUAAUCUGUAGGUGGCUUUCGGAGACGAAGCAGAUAGACGCCGAGCAUAAUGAAGACAGAAAGAUGGAAUCGGAGCCGAAAGCGAGGAUCAAGAAGAAUCGGUCUAGACCUUACUGAUGAGCGCCUGUACAUAGUGUUCCCGAGUAUGAUGACGCUGAUCAGUCGAGCUAAUGGGCUUCUUCUCGCCAUAUACACAUGGAAGGCCCAUCGAACGCGAAGCUGGAUACACAGACGCGGAGGAGACGGGCUCUGAGCUUCUGACUGAUUGCCCGCGAGAGCAGAUCCUCUCCGAUUGAACAUUCUCCGAAGGAUUGUGGAAUGUCAAUGUUCGAUGUAGCCCAAUAUAUUAUUUGUGCG